UAUCUAUUGUUAUACUAUAUCUCGAUUAAUCGUAUGCAGUUUUAUCUGUGUAAACCGAAAAAAUCAAACUCGUAUGUAUCAACGAAAAGUUCAGGAAAAAAUACUUUUGUAAUAACUGCUCUUGUAUAGAACAACAUUCUUCAAAGCUCGCGAGUGCUAAAGGUUCUUUUCAACAUAUAACCUCUUUAUUUCAAGAUCGAAGCUUCACAAAAAAAAUUGGAUUUUGGUGGAGAUAUUAUAAAUGACAACGAAAGAUGCUUUGUGGACAGGUACAACGCUACUUUGAGGAAUAACAUCAGCACCGAGUGUAAACAUGUCAAACAAUUCAGAAACCACGACUCGACUAGCAACCGACAGCGAGGACAACUUAACAUCAGAUGCGACUAACGAGACCAUGUAUACAGCCCUGUCAAAAGAAGAGUCGAUACCUACGAUGGAGAAUUAUGUGGACGAGUCCCAAGCAGUGGUUCUCGCGUCAGACUUGAAAAUCUAUCAACCAACUUUGGCAGGCGGCGAUGCAGCCAAAGAAACGUUGAGUCACGAAAAAUGGCCGUGCAAUGCGAAAUGUGAAUUGGAAGUCAAACCAAAAAUAGCGGCACUUGAGAAAGAGAGGAGGGAACUGGCUUUAAAGAGCAACGUAGAGAGUCUACAGCAACAAAGAUCAUUGCGAACGCGUUCAAGAAGAACCAACUCCACUUUCACCAAAGACGCUAACCUGAAUGACGCGGAAAACGUGGAUCCAGAGCUCGUUCGGACAAAGGACGAACCGAUUGUUGAUUUUACAGGUAGUUUCGAUUUUCCAGAUACAAAGCUGUCAUUGAAAUUGAACGAAACAAGAACUCGCUCAUCCAAGGUAAAAAAUAUUACAACAAAGUUUGCUGAUGCUGCGAUACUAGCUGAGCGGCACAGGAAAGAUAAGGAUAAAGUUCCAAAUCCUCCUGACGCAUCGAAAGUUGUGAACCCCUGCUACAGAGGCUUAAAAAAAGGUGCAACUAAACCAUGGGAACUUGACUAUGAGAGAAACUCGCGAAGAAGAGAACGCUGGGCCCGAUCAUUGGAUGACGAAGGCGUCGAUGAAAAAGCGGAAAAAAUGGAACAAAAAUAUAGCGAAAAACACGGACAGAAUAUGAAGGGUGCCAAGGGAAUAAAAUCCAAACAAAGAUUGUUAAAUCUUGAAGAACAAAACUCUUCCGACAGCUCGCUAAUAGACUCUUCAAAUGAAAGCCGAUCGAGGAGGCAAGAAGAGCAAGACUAUUCACAGAGUAAAAAGAGAACCUCCGAAAAGAGUCCGACGAGGAAACGGUUUAAGGAAGAGGAGAGGGAAGCCGGUCCGAGCGGCAUUCGGAAUCCUGAAAACGAUCACCGUCAUGAGCUUGACGAUGAUUUCAGUGACGACGACGUCGACAAUGCGUGGGAUGUUCUACCCGAAUCUCACCAGAACAGCAACUUGUAUCGUCGACCUGUCGACACUAAGAAACAACAAAUAAAUCGGGAUAAAACACGUUCCAAAAAAAAACUGACGGGAUCGAGAGUUCGGAUAUGGCGUGCCGGUUUGACAGCCGAUAUGGGAGAGCGAGACCCUCGUGUGAGGGGCAGCCCAUUCAGCAUCGAUGAACAAGAAAUAAUGAUAAAAUAUUUGCUUCAAAAUGGCAAAGUCCGUUACGCGAAGGGAUUAGUUGUAUGGAAGCAGCUGAUCCAUGACGGGUUGUUGCCGCAUAGGACGCCGCAGUCGUUACACAAUCACUUUACAAAAAUUAUCCUUCCAAAAAUUGAAAAUUUUAAAAAAUUAACUGCCGUUGAGCUGCAAAUAUUUUUGAAUGUAAGGAAAGAGAAAAGACAACGCAAACGAUAAAAGUUGAGAAAAAUAUUUAAAAAAAAGAACUCGACAUAUAUAUUUUUUCACAUAAAAAGUAUUAUUUAUUCAAUUUAUUGUUUUUUGUUUUAUCCGUCGGUCAAGUACAUAACGCCGCGUUUUCAUUGCUACUUUGAGUAAGAGUUCUCUAGUCGAGAUUCGCCACGAACUCGUGACGAGCAAUUACGUAUGGCCAAUAAAUAAGUUUAAGCCUUGUCUGAACGAGCUCUCCUCGAGCUCUCGAUUGAAAUUCAAAAAUAAUCAAAGCUUUAAAAACAUGAAAAAAUAUAUAUUUUUUUUUUUUCUUUUUUAGUCAUAAGUUUUUCAAUAAAAUGUUGAACUCGCUAAAGAGCGCAUAAAAACGAUUGCGAGAGAGACGUUCAAGACUUUUAACAAUACACAUCGUGUUGAUCGAGAAGAAAGCCCUUGAGAAUGGAGAGAGUGGUAUAAAAUGAAAACGAUUGUUCUUAAAAGUGUGGAUGUACACGUGGACUCGUAGACGUUCAGCAGUUCGGAAAUUGUCCCUAUUCAGGUCUUUAUUUUGGGGAAACAUUUCCAUUGAGUACUUCAGUAUAGCAGCAAUCGAUUUUCCUCAGUUUGUUUGUUUUUUUUUUUCAUUCAGCGAAUAUCGAUCAGCGAAUCGAAGUUUUCACUGUCGCACUGUCUAGACUUGUUUCACUGUCUAGACUUGACGGGAAACUUGAGGUUUCCCGUCAAGUCUAGGACCUAGAGAGAACAAAAUUUCAUACUGUUUAAAAAUAACAAGGUUGAACGUUAUUUGCAAUAAGAGUUGCGAAUCAAAUGAAAUUUCUCUUAAUUUUGGAAUCGGUCUGUUUGAAUUUUAUUAGAGGAGAAUUACAAUAUGUACGUCGAUGUCCAUCUUUUGCUUACGAUUGGAAAUAAUUGAGCGUUGGAAAGAGAUUCGUAAUCGUAGUUUUUAGGUGAAUAAUAAAAAAAUGUUAUAUUUGGUGA